AUGGUUGGAGGACUCUUGUUCCUCACACAUACACGUCCAGAUCUUAUGUUUGCCGUUGGACUUGUAUCAAAAUUCAUGCAGAAGCCUACAAAGCAUCACAUAGGCACUGUAAGAAGGAUUCUUCACUAUUUGUCUGGAACCAUCAAUAUGGGAAUUAGAUAUGACCAUGUUGAAAAUUUUCAGCUUCAAGGAUUUGUUGAUAGUGAUUGGGGUGGUUCGGUUGAUGACCGACGAAGCACAACGGGUUGGGUUUUCAACCUUGGUUCAGGUGCAGUUGCAUGGAGCUCCAAAAGGCAAGAGGUUAUCGCACUCUCAAGCACAGAGGCCGAGUAUAUUGCUGCGACAUCAGCUGCCUGUCAAGCAGGCUGGAUGCGUCGUUUGCUUGAAGACUUGGGUGCUUUCUCAACCCAUUGUACAAAAGAACAGCUUGCCGAUGUGCUAACAAAGGCGUUGUCUGGUCCUAUGCAUGAGCACCUGCGAGGACGGCUGGGCGUGAUGAAUUUCUGA